AUGCCUCCUGCGGCCCACGACGACGGCGCAUCGGAGGCAUCCUCGUCCAGCUCGAAGGGCAAAGGGAAGGCGCGGCCUGCUCGGGUCCCGGAAGCAGUCCCGCUCAGCGAAGUCGAACCACUGGCCGAGUACACAUGCCCGGUGUGCUUCUCUCCGCCGACGAACGCCACGAUUACGCCAUGCGGCCAUGUGCUCUGCGGCGAGUGCCUGUUCACGGCGGUGAAGACGGCCAUCCAGCGCGGAGCGUACACACUGCCGCCGGGCGAGCGGAUGGUUGCGAGAGGCGAAGGCAGCACAGAGACCGCGGACGAGCCUCCGAAGCGCCCUCGGGUGCCGAGAGAGUUGGACGAGCUCGAGGUCGAGAUGGACGGCCUGAAUCCAUUCUCGGAGCACGAAGGUGGCCUACCUCUCCCAUACUACCACUCCGACAUCAUAGACGACAUUCCACAAGUUGAACCCCGCACCCCGUCUCCCGAUGUGCCCACACCCUUCGAGAGUAGACCCCCCUCCCCCAUUCCUGACCCAGCUGCUUUACCUCCCAAUGAUGACCACAAUGAAGAGUCUCCUGAUUCUCUCGGACUACCCGCUACUGCGGCAUGGCACGACUUGCAAGUUGCCCUCGAUUUCGUCAAAGCGAUCGAGAAUGCGACUCUGGAGAACGACGGCCUGGACCCAGAGACACUCCAUAGACUCAGGAAUCCCCUCACAACCCCGCUCCGAGACGACCCGUCAUUCGAAGAUCCUCUGUUUGAAUUCGCUCUACGAGUGUUCCUCGACACCCAUACCUCCGCAGAUAGUGUCUACACGAGCGUUAUCAGGAACUACGAGCUCACCCAUCCUGGCACCAAGCUUCUCACCCACUGGCAGAUGAAGAAAAAGGUCACUGAGCUCACUGGUAUCGUCCCCCUCACACGCGACAUGUGUGUGAACUCGUGCGUGGGCUUUACGGGGCCGUUCUCUGAACUCGAUUCCUGUCCCCUCCCUACAUGCAAUGAACCUCGCUACGACCAGAGUGUUCUUUGCUCAUCCCGGGGGAAGAAGAAGAAACCACGACGCACCUUCGACACCAUUCCAGUCGGUCCACAACUCGCCGUUCAGCUUCGGGAUGAAACAAACGCGGAAAGGAUGCGUUUUCGAGAGAAGACCACCACUAUCAUCCUCGACCAGCUGAAGAAGGACCGUCAUAUCACGAUCUUCGAUGACUAUCUCAAAGGCAAGGACUACCUGUUUCGAGCGUAUUCGGGAACAAUCAAGCCUGGUGACACCGUCCUCAUGUUCUCGAUAGACGGUGCACAGCUCUACCGCAACAAGCAGUCUGACUGUUGGAUGUACAUCUGGGUCAUCCUCAAUCUCGGUCCCGAUCACCGAUACAAGAUCCGGUAUAUCCUCCCAGGUGGCUUCAUUCCUGGACCGAACAAGCCGAAGAACGUCGACUCCUUCCUUUUCCCUGGGUUCCACCACUUUGCUGCUCUAGCCAAGGAAGGUCUCCACGUGUGGGAUGCUUCGCAGGAUACCACUUUUAUCAGUGACCUCUUCCUUGCCCUCGUCACUGCAGACGGCCCAGGCAUGACCUAUCUCAACGGGUUUGUCGGCCACCAAGGUGCACAUGGUUGCCGGCUGUACUGUCCUCUUCGUGGUCGUCACAAGAAGGGCGGAACCACAUACUAUCCAGCACUUCUCAAACCGGACAACUAUGCUGUAGCCGGAUGUGAUCAUGAAGACUACGUACUCCUCUCGCAGGCAUCAAACAUCGAGUCUGCCUCUGAACGUUAUCGGAAGAACCUCCGUGAACUUUUGACAGCUCAAAACAAGACUCAGUAUGAGAAGCUUCGCCUGAAGACCGGGAUCGCAAAGCCAAGUAUCCUGCUGGGAUUGCCCGAGAAGUCGUACUUGGGUAUUCCUGCAUGUUUCCCUGCAGACCAGAUGCAUCUCGUUUCUCUCAACAUCACCGACCUCCUCAUCUCCCUCUUCCGUGGUACCCUGCAGUGCGAGAAGACAGACAACAGGGCAGACUGGGAUUGGGCCGUUUUUAGCGAUGACAAGGUGUGGAAAGCACAUGGGGCUCACGUCGAAGCUUGCACUCGCUACCUUCCUGGUUCGUUCGAUCGGCCGCCUCGCAACCCAGCUCUCAAAAUCAAGAGUGGUUACAAAGCAUGGGAAUUUCUCAUAUAUGUCUUCGGCCUCGGUCCAGCUCUCCUCUAUGCCACCCCUCUUCCCAUCAAAUACUUCCGAAACUUCUGCCGACUUGUUUACGCUAUCCGGAUCACACUAGCAUAUGAGAUUCACCGAGACGCCCUCAAAGACGCCAACGACCAUCUCUUCGCAUUCACAACCGAGUUUGAAGAGCUCUAUUACCAGCGCAGAGAAGAUCGCUUGCACUUCAUUCGACAAAGCAUUCAUGCACUCUCCCACAUCUGCGAAGAGUGUGAGCGCCUCGGGCCGCAGGCGUAUUACACCCAGUGGGUCAUGGAGCGUGUUAUAGGUUCCUUCGUACAAGAGCUCCGCAAUCACGUCGAUCCAUAUGCAAACCUCGCCCAUCGAGGUCUGCGACGCGCUCAAAAGAUCGCCCUCACAGCAAUGCUCCCGGAGCUUGAGCACAGCAAGUAUGCCACAGGAGACCUUCCCGAGGGAGCGAAGCAGGUCGGCUCCGGCUAUGUGCUUCUCCGUGCUGUGGAAGCUGCCACUCCUGUUACACCUGCAGAAUCCGAGGCCCUUCGAGCGUACUGGGAGCAACACACUACACAUGAGAUACCCCAAGACUACACCUUCAGUGUUGCCCGUUGGGCUCGGUUGCUCCUUCCGAGCGGACAGGUGGCUCGAUCACUCUGGAAAGAGUCAAUGAAGAAUGAGUCCAAAUUGCGUAUCUCACGGAAUGUGAAGAUCCAGCACAACGAAGUUGUCUCAUAUGGCGAGAUCCGCUACUUCUUCGAGUUCAAGCUCCCAGGUGGAACGGAGCCUCACACAGUCGCGAUGGUCUCCAUGUGGGGAACCCCAGAGCCGAAGAUCCUCGAGUUGUCCUAUGGGGCCAUUCAGUCAUGUCUUCCAGGUGGUGACGACGCACUCACCGUCCUCCCGGUUCAUCACAUCAAGUCUGUUGUGGCGAUGGUUCCCCACCCGCAACCAAUCGAGCACCGAGACGAACAGAUUGACCUCACCGGUCGCUUUUUUGUCGUUGAGAAGCCUGGUCUCGGAGUCGCACAUCUUGGCGGCGUGGUUGAGGGGCUCGGAGAGGGAGAGGGUGCUGCUGCCGGUUCAGGUGGAGGUGAUGGCGAAGGCGGACUGAGUUAA